AUGACAUUGAAUGCGAUUGGCUACUUGGACGACUUAAACAGCGCUGAUAACUUGAGGAAGAUAGCUGAAAGAUUCCCUGUUCACGUGAAAGCAAGGUGGUUGGAAACGACGAUGACRAUWCGAGAAAGGGGCGAAAGACCCAAGAUAAGCGAUAUGUCYAACUUCCUGUCUAAAAGAGCAAAGGCCGCCAACGAUCCUGUGUUCGGCUCUAUCAUCGAUUCAAAGUCCAAAACCGAGAAGUCGCAGAGCUUUCAACCGAGUUUUCAAGUAAGAAAACGCAACGUAACCUUGGCCACUACACUGGCAGURCAAUCCCAAAGUUCGCCAAACGAAACACGUCUAUUUAAAUGCCCUGUAUGUACAAAGUCACAUAUGCUGCCUGACUGCAAGGACUUCCAAARUAAACCAUACGUAGAAAGAGUUAAGCUUGUAAGAGAAAAGGGACGGUGUAAUAAUUGCUUAAAAGGCCGGCACAUCGCUAAAUUUUGCUACCAAAAACCGGCCUGCRAAKUUAGAGGAUGCACUGGUAAACAUCACACACUACUACACCCACCUCCUAUCUCAGAAACUAAAAGCCAGAAAGAAUGUUCUGCUGGAAAGACGGAUGGAKAUCAACGCACUUCUUUAACUACAGAUACACCUGUUCAAACUUGCAACGCUGUAAAUAUCAACCAGAAGAAAGUAUGUCUUCCCAUCGUUCCUGUACGAGUCUGUAGCAAAGAAAGUGGUCCUGUCAUCGAAACGUACGCCCUACUCGAUCAAGGUUCUGAUAUAACACUGUGUCACGAACGUCUCGCUAAACAACUCGAYGUCACGGGAAAUGAYAGCACAUUUACUCUGAACACUAUAGAAACAACGAAUAUUCUCAAGAAAGGCCAAGAAGUAAGUCUCGARGUCAUGGCCAUGGAUUCGGAUGAAACAGUUGAGUUACCUAGUGUUAAGACGGUGGACAAGUUGCCUAUUUCGGUGCGAGGAAAACCAUCUCAAGAUGAUUUGAGGAAAUGGCCACAUCUAGAUGGCAUCAUGAUACCUACGGUACAAGCCAGUGAAGUUUCUCUGCUGAUCGGAAAUGACACGCCCGAAGUCUUCUGGUCUCURGAUGAACGACGCGGAGACAGGAAGGAACCGUAUGCUGUUAAAUCCUUAUUGGGUUGGACAGUUAUUGGCCCAGUAAGUCGACAUCAGAGUGAAGAAAUGUCCUUUAAGGUCAACGCCAUAAGCAUAGAGGAGGAUACGCUUCUGCAUCAAGUUGAACAGUUCUGGAAAACAGACUUUAUAGAGUCAGCAAAGAAUGAAGAUGAAGACUGGUCGGURGAUGAUCGCAGAGCUCUGCACGUACUAGAAAAUUCAGCAAAGUCGGUACAAGGACAUCUUCAAUUAGCGUUACCCUGGAAGUUUGACGAACCUCAUCUUCCAAACAAUCGAAUCCUCGCAGAAUCAAGGCUGAAACUUCUAAAGAAACGAUUCCAAAGAGAUGCUACCCUGUUUGAAAAAUACAAAGGUGUAAUCGACGACUAUAUAGAGAAAGGCUACGCUCAAGCAGAGGCAACAGAGUUGGCAAAGGAUUUGAAGACACUUCUCAGUAAAGGAGGCUUUAAUCUCACCAAGUGGUCAAGUAAUAGUCGCAACGUCAUAGACGCCAUACCUGAAGCUGACAGAUCGGUUACCAUGAAGAACUUGGACCUUGGAGAAUCCAUUGUAGAACGUACGCUUGGUGUUCAUUGGGAUGUCGCAAAGGAUAGAUUAGGAUUUGAGAUAUCUACAAAGGACAAGCCAACCACAAGAAGGGGACUGCUGUCCAUCAUUAGCUCUGUAUACGAUCCGCUUGGUAUAGCAUCACCCUUCGUAUUGUCAGCGAAGAUGAUAUUACAAGACCUUUGUAGAUUACAGCUCAAAUGGGACGAUGUCAUCCCUGACAGUCAUCUGUACAGAUGGAGGAAAUGGCUUUUGGAACUACCUAAGCUGUCCAGCCUUACCAUACCAAGAUGUUUGAAACCACCCGACAUGGGAGAUGAUGCAAUCUAUCAACUGCACCACUUCUCGGACGCAUCUCAGUCUGCCUAUGGCGCUGUAACCUACCUACGAAUCACGAACCCUGAUGGACAAGUACAUUGCUCGUUCGUAAUUGGCAAAUCGCGUCUCGCCCCAAUCAAGCCUAUGACCAUCCCCAGAUUAGAGUUAUCGGCUGCAGUUGUUGCCACAAAGUUGGACAAGAAGAUGGCGUCAGAGAUUGAUCUUCCACUUUCUGAAUCAAGAUUCUGGACGGAUUCGACGACCGUUCUGCAGUACAUCCACAACCAUUCCAAGCGAUUUAGUGUGUUUGUUCGCAAUCGCGUAGCAAGUAUCCAUGAUUUAACUAAACCCAGACAGUGGAGAUAUGUAAACUCUAAAGAUAACCCCGGCGAUGAUGUAUCAAGAGGUCUCCCCGCAGACAAGUUGACGAAUGAUAAAGACAACCGAUGGRUAAAUGGUCCUCCAUUUCUUUGGAAGAGCGAAAACGCCUGGCCUGUGAUUAACAUUCAGCUACCGGAAAUCUCAACAGACGAUCCUGAAGUGAUACGCGAGAAACAAGUCUACAACGCUUCAAGUGAAGAAGCGGAUAACCCCCUAAAACAGCUUUACACUCGGUACUCCUCUUGGUACAGACUAAAGAUUUCAGUGGCAUGGCUCCUGAGAUUCAAAAUGUACUUGAUUAACAAAUAUCGAAGCUCGAUGAGUCCAAGCUGCUCUGUUGAAGUUCUCAAGGGAGAGUUGUCAGUCAAGGAGAUCAAUGACGCAGAAAGAGAAAUCAUCAAGGAUAUCCAGAAGGACGCCUAUGAAACCGAAAUUACUAUUCUGAAGAAACAACCCGCCUUACACUCGAAUGUUCAGCCUUCAAAGGGAAACUAUUUGCCUAAAUCAAGUUCCAUCCAAAAGCUAUGCCCAUUUCUACAAGAUGAUGUUCUGUGUGUUGGUGGACGUUUGGACUAUGCCCCRAUCGCAGAAGAUGCAAAACAUCCUCCAAUUCUUCCCAAAAACCACCCAGUUUGUGAGCUCAUAACCAGACACUAUCAUCUUACGUAUGGUCACGUUGGACGAGAACACGUGCUAUCUCUAAUCAGRCAAAGCUACUGGAUAGUUGGAGCAAGAGUGACCGUUCGUCGUGUAGUAAAGUCGUGCUUCGAUUGUCGGAGGAGAAAAGCCCCACUGUGUACGCAAUUUAUGGCGGACUUACCUAAGGAGAGGCUCACACCUGACAAACCACCAUUUUCCUUCGUGGGAACGGACUUCUUUGGUCCCUUUUUYGUUAAAAGAGGAAGAAGUGUAGAAAAACGUUAUGGRUGCAUAUUCACAUGCUUAUCAUCGAGAGCCGUGCAUCUUGAAGUCACGCAUUCCUUAGAAGCUGAUUCUUUCCUCAACGCAUUAGUUCGUUUCAUYAGUCGCAGAGGCAAGCCAAUUGAAAUAAGAAGUGACAAUGGAACUAACUUUAAAGGUGGCGAUAAGGAACUUCGAGAAUCAAUCAGAGAAUGGAACCAACAGAAGAUUGAAAGCUUCCUAAAGCAACGUCAGAUUAUAUGGAAAUUCAACCCGCCAGCGGCCAGUAAUAUGGGAGGAGUGUGGGAAAGAGUCAUUAGGUCUGUACGCUCUAUCUUGUCUUCUCUGCUGAAGGAACAGACUACCACCGAUGAGGCAUUAUUGACUUUCUUCAGCCAAGUAGAAGCUAUCCUAAAUAGCCGACCCCUUACAACGUGUAGCGAUGACCCAAAGGAUGACUCGCCAUUAACUCCGAACCAUAUUCUGCUUCUUCGUAAUGAACCCAAUAUGCCACCAGGYGUGUUCAAACCCAAUGAUUUGUACUCCAGACGUCGAUGGCGCCAGUGCCAGUAUCUUGCGAACUUAUUCUGGGUUCGAUGGCUUAAGGAGUAUUUGCCUUCCUUACAGCAAAGGCAAAAGUGGACACUUCCUUCACGUAACCUAAAGGAAGGAGAUGUAGUUCUGAUGAAAGAUGAAGCUGUCAAACGGGGCCAGUGGCCGCUAGCGCGUGUACUAGAAGUAAUGCCUGGAAAGGAUGGCUACGUUAGAUCUGCUAAAGUGAAGACUGCAACCACAAUCUUGACACGCCCAGCUAACAAGUUGUGUCUUUUGGAGGAAGCUCAGUAA